AUGAAGUUCUCGACCACCAUCCUCAGCGCAGCGUUGCUCACAGCGUCGGCCAUUGCCGCUCCUCUCACCGAACGCCGCGCAGCUCGCCACGCCGCCCGAGCUGCGGCCCGAGCUGGCCGUAUCAGCCGUCCGGCCGAUAAGCAAGACACCUUGGAGCUUGUUAGUCUGAACGGGACAAGCCACGCGCAGUACAGCUCGAACUGGGCCGGUGCUGUGCUCAUUGGUACCGGAUACACCUCGGUCACCGGAGAAUUCACCGUUCCCAAGCCGAAACUUCCCUCGGAUGCUUCGUCUGGCGAGCAGUCCUGCGCCUCUGCCUGGGUCGGUAUUGACGGUGACACCUGCAGCUCGGCCAUCCUCCAAACUGGAAUUGAUUUCUGCAUCCAAGGAGGCGAGGUUUCGUACAGUUCCUGGUAUGAGUGGUACCCGGAUUAUGCCCACGAUUUCUCCGGCAUCGAUAUCUCCACUGGAGAUGUGAUUAAGCUCACUGUGACUGCUACCUCCAAGAGCUCCGGUUCUGCCGUCAUCGAUAAUGUCACCACGGGCAAAUCUGUCACUCAUAAAUUCAGCGGUGUUGAUGAUGGAGAUCUCUGCGAGACCAAUGCUGAAUGGAUCGUCGAGGACUUUGAAAGCGGUGGUCAGUUGGUUCCCUUUACCAACUUUGGAACUGUGACAUUCACAAAGGCGGAGGCCACAUCUGGCGGCAAGUCUGUUGGCCCAUCUGGAGCUACCCUCUUCGAGAUCAGACAAAGCAAGAAGGUCUUGACCAAGUCUUCUGUUACAGGCAAUAGUGUUACUGUGAGCUAUGUCUAA